AUGGAGGUCGAGCAAGGCGCCGGCGCAGCCCCACAGGGGGAGGGUGAAGGCGAAUCCUACUCGUUCAACGCGCAGGAAGUGCGCGCUCUGAUGGAAUACGUCGACCAGUACGGUCCCGGGAAAUGGGACAGUAUUUCGCGCAAGGUGUUCAACGGCGCGGAGGCGGGGAGCGCGGUGCGCAGCACGUACCUGCGCUUGCUGGCCCCGGCUGAGCGAGACAGCGUGGCGGCCCGCACCCAAGGCGCCCUCGGCAUCAAGGCCUUCACGAAGGAAGCGGACAACUUGCUCGCCGAGCUCGUCUUCGCGAAGACGUCUUCGAUCGAAGACGCCGGGUCUGAGGAACGGCGCGACGGCCAGCAGCUCUCGAUGGAGGAGUUGACGAAGAUGACGGCGGCGCUGAACGAGGCGCUGGAGACUACCAGUGGUCUUGCAGGCACCUACACGGUGGGGGACGUGGCGAAGAGGAUCAUGGGGUACUUGGACUUCGUCUAUUGCAUCUAUCGCCGGCCCUACAUCAGGUGGUCCGAGAUGGAGACCGUGGCCGCCGAAUUCGCAUGCGGCAAUGCGACAUGCGACGCCCGCGCGGGCGUGUCCUCGUCCGACCGCUUCCACCGCAUCCUCGCGCUUGCAGCUCGGGGACGAAGCCCCGUGAAGGCGUUUGCCACGAAGUUCGGGCUCGGGGACGUCGAGCACUUCGACGCGUAG